AUGCAUACAGCAAAGUUUAUCAACGACAACAUCACAGUGUCAAAUGAGACCGAUGUGAAGUUGACACUCUAUGACGAAAAUAAUACUGAUGAAUCUUUGACUUUACUUUGCCCCGGCGAGACUAGAAAGAAUUUCACUGGAAAAAUAGUUAGUAUUGAACCUUAUACGACCUAUGCUACUAGGUCCUGGCAGCUUUCUGAGGAUGUGGUCUUUGCUGCUAAUAGAGAUGUCACUGUGACGGAUCAGAGUAAGCGAGCUAUUUAA